AUGAUAACCAACCAGAUCGCCUUUGCAGAGGGCGCGCCCUCCCCACGCCAGAACAUUGAAGACAUUGCGGAUGCUCGGGAGAUGCGUGAGGAGCAGGAGAGGGAGGCUAUGGAGAGGGAUGGGGAAGAGGAGGAGCAGGAGGAGGAGGAGUCACGUGGGGAAGAGGGCGAACCUACCGCGGCGGACUACAGGGAGGUGCGCAAGCACGCUGAGCACGACCCUGGCAUCCACCCAGAACGCGCCUUCGACUCUUACGAGUGCGCAUCCGUCGAGGUCAUCUGGCACUCUGUCAGACAGAACGGUGCCUCAGCGAAGGUGCUCAGGAAGGAUAGCGGACGCUCUGUGUUCACGUGUGGCAGCGAAGUCGACCCUCUUGUAAUGAACCUAAAUACCAAGUAA